AUGGUUUUGCAAAAGGCGUCAUCUGGAUUACCAUUUAAAGAAAGUAGACAAAAUAUGAACACAGGAAAAAAAAAAUUAAUUAUGUGGACCAGCUGCACUGUUAGAAAUUUGUUUCCGGAUAUGGCGAUAAUGGGAUUUUUAUCAAGACCUUGCCCACCAGUAAAUCAGCGGCUGAACGGUAGCGAUUUUGAUUUGAUGUUUGUUGUACCACUAUUUGAUCUUCGCAGUCUGGUCUUUCGCACUAAGGCAGCACCUGUCAUAGCCAUUAUAAUUUUAUGGAAGAAAACGCAAUUACAUAAACUCUACCUUUUAGGUUGGUAUAGAAAACCAAAUCGUUUUGCUCGACUGACAAUGAUUUCUAGCUAUUUUAACCGCAGUGUUGUGCUCUUACUACUUAUUAAUUACAAUCAUUUGAGGCGCCCUUUAGGUAAAUAUUAUAUACUACUUAUUACCGCUUUAAGGGCAAGAUCUAUUCUGGGUUUUCGACUCCGUUUGAUUCCGUAUGUAUUAAAGAAAAUUCUUGAGAAUACACUGUUCAAAUUGCAUCCGACCAUUAAAUUUGGUAGAGGUGAUUGCUUCCUACCACAUCAGUUUAAACGUCAUCUGGAUAUUCCACUAGAGUCAUUUUCAACAAUCUCAUUAAUUUCUUUAAGUCAUUCUAACCUUACCUUGUGA